AUGUUGUGUUUCUCCAUCGACCUGCCCGACUCCUUGGAAAACGUCCAGCUGAAAUGGGUUGGCGAGGUGGCCGACCACUGUGACGGUGUCAAGCUUGUAUUGGUCGCCCUCAAAUGCGACUUGCGUAAUCUCGAAGAAGACCCACAGGCCGUAGAGGACGAAUCGUUCAAUCCAUAUGAUCAACAGUCUCCAGGCAACGGUGCCGGUGCCAGACGGUUGAUCACAUAUGAGGAAGGUUUGGCUGUGGCCAAAAAAGUAGGUGCUUUGCGUUACUUGGAAUGUUCUGCUAAGAAGAAUAGAGGUGUCAACGAGGCCUUCUCCGAAGCAGCCCGUUGUGCUCUUAACGCCAAGCCCAAGGGAGCCAGCGGCGAACAAAAGGAGAAGAGUUGUACCAUCAUGUAA